AUUAGCUGUACUCUGUGUGGAUCUGUUUGCAAAAGGGAAUAAAAUACACAAACCAAUUUGCUUUUGUCUUUACAGUUAAUUUUUAUUCUUGCCAAAUUUGCCUAUUUAAAUUGUUUUUCUCAGAUUCAUUAUCAAAAUUUUACACAGGAGUAACUGCAGACUGAUGUUAUUUUAUCAUUUGCCUAUUGAAAAACCAUGGGCUUUGAAAUAAAAAGGUUUCAAGGUGACGUUGACGAAGAACUUAUUUGCCCUAUUUGUUCAGGAGUUCUUGAAGAUCCAUUACAGGCUCCGGCUUGUGAACAUGCUUUCUGUAGAGCCUGUAUAACUGAAUGGAUAAGUAGACAGCCUACUUGCCCCGUAGAUCGACAGGCCGUAACAGCGAGCCAACUAAGGCCUGUUCCGAGGAUACUUCGUAACCUGCUAUCCAGACUAUGUACAAGUUGUGAUAAUGCUUCACAUGGCUGCAAUGCUGUGUUGAAGUUGGACUCUCUACCCUCCCAUUUAGUAGAAUGCGAGUAUAAUCCAAAAAGGCCAAUGCCUUGUGAGGCGGGUUGUGGUCUUGUCAUACCUAAAGAUGAACUUGGAGAUCACAACUGUGUCCGUGAACUUCGAGCUUUAAUAGCAACACAACAAGGGAAACUUACAGAGUACCAACAAGAAUUAGCUGAACAGAGGCUUGUCAUCAAUGAGCAUAAACGAGAAUUGGCAUUAUUAAAAGAAUUCAUGCGAGCGAUGCGCUUAUCAAACCCAACUAUGCGAGCGCUGGCCGACCAAAUGGAACGCGAGGAGGUGGUACGCUGGGCGAACUCACUGACGCGGGCGAGGGUCACGCGAUGGGGCGGAAUGAUAUCCACCCCCGACGACGUCCUACAGGUGAUGAUGAUCAAACGGAGUUUAUCAGAAUCGGGCUGCCCACCACAUAUAAUAGAUGAUCUCAUGGAGAACUGCCACGAACGCAGGUGGCCACCUGGACUGUCAUCACUCGAGACUAGGCAAAAUAAUAGAAGGUUAUAUGAAAAGUAUGUAUGCAAGAGAGUGCCAGGCAAACAAGCUGUUCUCGUACUACAAUGUGACAACACUCAUGUAGAUGAACACAUGAUGGUGGAGCCUGGACUAGUGAUGAUCUUCGCACAUGGCAUUGAAUAGCACAUUGUCACAACGACACACGAUGAGAAAACGUCGUGCUAGUUGUACCUUCUCUACAAAAUUAGUAAUUAAUGAAUUAAGACGGUCGAGCGUGAUAUAAGUGUGACAGGUUUCUAUGAACAAUGUAUUCUCCAAUCUUAGAGACCAAUGAAUUUGUACAAUUGUUUAUGAUUGUUUGAUACAAGUGUUGAAAAAAGUAUUUUUAAGUAAGAGACAGAAUUGUUUAUAGUAUUAUUUUACAUUAAAAUUGGAGUGCUAAACAUUCCGCGACUAUUUUAAAAACUGUAGUAUUAAAAGUAGAUAUUAAAUGCCAGUAAAAUGUUUUUAUUAAUAAAAUAUUUUACUUUUUUAUCAUCAGUGAUUGAGUGCUGUGUUAUGUUAGAAUAUUUUUGUAUAUUUACUGCCUUAUCAGACUGUUCUAAAAUUUAUUCCUCUGCAAAAUUGGGACAUGAUUAUUUGGUUUUACAUGUUUUGUUUGUAUUAUAUUACAGAAUUUUUAUUUAUU